UCCUCUGGCUGCGCGAGUGGCCGCCCGCGGGCGGCGCGCGGUGGCGGAGCCGGGUGCUGUUCGCCGCCUACGGCGUGGCGCUCGGGGGCGGCGCGGCCUGGUGCCUCGUGGGGGCCUACGUGCACGCGUUCGAGCCACUGCCGACGGAGCAGACGCCCGCGUGGCUGGCCUUCCUGCUGCUGGGGGCGAUCACCCUUACCGGCCCGUCCUCUUCCCCGUCGCGCUCGCCGCGGCGCUCGAGGGGCGAACGCUGCCCCAGGGCGUGGUCGGGGUGCACCUCGCGCUCGCGGCGCUGCAGGCGUGCGGCUACGCGGCCGCGGCGGUGAGCGGCGUGGACCUGUCGCUUGGCGGGCAGCUGCCCGACGAGGUGUGGCUCAGCCCGUGGCACCGCGUCGACGGGAGGAGCUACGGUGGCGCGGCGCUCGGCGUGCCGUUCGACCUCGUGUCCACGAUUGCCUCCGAACACGAUGCCCUGCUACCGCGGGGACUCGCUGUGCGUGCUCGCCGCUAUCCGAAUAAGACAAAAGCGGGAUCAGCAUACCUUAUUAGAUGCGCGCAGCUGUUUCUUCUUCACGCCAUGUUCCUGGCCUCGUGCUUCUACUCCAC